AUGUCUUGGAAAUUAACUAAAAAAUUCAAAGAGACUCAUUUGGGCCCUCUGUCCAGUACUUUCUCUCGCACUCCUUCCUCCACCACUCUUGUAGCAGAUUCUACCAAAGAGGAAAAAUUGAACAUCUCUGCGGGCCCCAUCGCGCCAAUCGAUAAUGGAAUAGUCGCCCGUGAUUCUAUACCAGUACAGACUAUCGCAGAUCCAGCGCCAGGUAUCCUCAUUGUAACUCUUUAUGAAGGUUCAGGGUUCGCCCUACCGGAACAACACAAACACAUAUUCAAUUCUGGCCAUUCGGGAUCCGUUUCACAAGGAAAUGGCUUUGGUGUUGCAGGUUCUAUUCGGUCAGGAUCUACGCAACAAAGCUCUUCUUCGGGGUUUUUUUCGAAUACUAUGCGACCACAGACCGCAUCUGCUGGCGGAUUCGGUGGAGUUCCAACAAAUCAUGGUCGAAUUUCUUCUAAAUUUCUUCCCUACGCCCUGCUGGACUUUGACAAAUUACAAGUAUUUGUCAACGCAGUUUCCGGAACCCCAGAAAACCCACUCUGGGCAGGUGAGAAUACCUCAUUCAAGUUCGACGUCUCUAGGGUCACAGAGCUUGCUGUAACACUAUACCUACGAAAUCCAACUGCACCUGCAGGUAGCGGCCGAGCUCAAGACAUAUUCUUAGGAGUUGCGCGUAUUAACCCUCGAUUCAGAGAAAGUAAUAAAUACGUUGAGGACCCUAAAUUGAGCAAAAAAGAUAGAGAGAAAGCUGCAUUAGAAUGGGCCAAGAGUGAGAGAGCUCUUGGCCAAUCUGGUGUAGAGUGGCUGGACAUUUCGUACGGUUCUGGAAAGAUUCGUAUCGGCGUCGAAUAUAGAGAAACAAAGACGCAGUCGCUAAAAAUUGAGGAUUUUGAACUUUUAAAGGUUGUUGGAAAAGGUAGUUUUGGAAAAGUUAUGCAAGUAAAAAAGAAAGACACUCAAAGAAUCUACGCAUUAAAAACAAUCAGGAAAGCCCAUAUCAUCUCACGAUCGGAAGUUGCUCAUACCCUUGCUGAGCGAUCCGUUCUAUCCCAAAUCAAUAAUCCCUUUAUCGUUCCUCUCAAAUUCACCUUCCAGUCACCCGAGAAAUUAUAUCUUGUCUUAGCAUUUGUUAAUGGCGGAGAGCUCUUUCAUCAUCUACAAAAGGAGCAGCGGUUUGACAUCAACCGGUCCAGAUUCUACACAGCAGAGUUAUUGUGUGCAUUGGAGUGCCUGCACGGUUUCAAUGUUAUCUAUCGUGACUUAAAGCCAGAGAAUAUCUUGCUUGACUAUUCAGGCCAUAUCGCUCUCUGUGAUUUUGGCCUGUGCAAAAUGGAAAUGAAGGAUGAGGAUCGCACGAACACUUUCUGCGGCACUCCCGAAUAUCUAGCUCCAGAACUUCUUCUAGGACAGGGCUACACGAAGACUGUUGACUGGUGGACACUAGGUGUUCUACUUUUUGAAAUGUUGACAGGAUUGCCACCAUUUUAUGAUGAAAAUACUCAUGAGAUGUACCGCAAGAUCCUUACUGUUCCCCUACAUUUCCCAGGGCAGGAUAUCGUCCCGCCAUCGGCGAAAGAUCUUCUCACCAAACUGCUUAACCGCAAGCCCGACCAAAGAUUAGGAGCAAAUGGCGCAUCCGAAAUAAAAGCUCAUCCGUUUUUUCACAGUAUCGACUGGCGCAAACUCCUUCAAAGAAAAUAUGAGCCUACAUUCAAACCUAACGUUAUUGAUGCCUUAGAUACCAAAAAUUUUGAUGAUGAAUUUACACGAGAGGCUCCUGCUGACUCGUAUGUGGAGGGCCCAUUACUUUCACAGACUAUGCAGCAACAGUUUGCUGGCUGGUCCUACAAUCGCCCGGUUGCUGGACUUGGGGAUGCAGGGGGUAGUAUCAAGGAUCCAUCUUUUUGUGGCAGCAUAAAGGAAAAAAGAUAA